AUGGCGAGGAACAAUGGAGGUGGCCACGGUAGGGCAGGACCACCAGCACAACUUGCGCCAACAAAUCCAGCAGCAGUACCGUUACCCGCCAACCAACAACAACGCGCUCCGACAGGUCUGCAACGACGAGUGGCUACGGGAGUGCUUGUGGGGAAUGCUGGCGCUAUACAACACCAUCAAGCUCAUGCCGUAGCUCAAGCAGCGCAUGGCACAGCGACGGACGAUGCUUCUGACCAAGGUCAAGACGACGCUGGACACGAUGAAGAAGGCGCAGUUAUCGCCGACGAAGACGAGGACAACGACGACGACGCAGAGUCUCACGCCUCUUCUUUUCCACCAUCUUAUUCAACCAGGCUCGCAGGCUCACAAAUCGAGAGCUGGAUCGACCACCUCCAGGACCCGCCGGCACCGGAGUCGUCCAUACAAGAACGCUCAGCACGCGCUCUAAGCUCCGCCGGUACCUGGCAUGACAACGACGCUGUCCAUCGCAGGCCGACACCAGAGGUGGAAGCACAGCCCGUUGAUGCUCGGCGAUGGUAUCGAGACCCAGUCAUGUACUGUUUGUUAUCAUGCGGGAUCGUGCUGGUGUUGCUAUGGAUCGUUUUGCUUUGCAUCUGGUUGGUGUGGCGGUAUUUGAUCAAUCCGGUGGAGUUUGAGUAUGUAGAGAAGAUGCGGAGGCAGGACUUUGGGUUGUGA